AUGGACCCCGCUGUCCCUGAUGCCUUGGCCACCCCUGAUGCCCUUGCUGCUGCUCCCCCUCUCCCAGCCCCUGCCCAAGCCCCUGCCCUAGAACAAAUCAAUGAACAAGAAGCUUCUGGUAGUGAAAGAGGAGCUUGUCUUUGGAGACCCUGGCUGCCUUCCAUAAAUGACCAACCAAGGCAGACUGCUGGUGGGGUAACAGCUGCUGAGGCCACCAAGACUGACUCCCAGUUUCAUCACCCUGUCAGGCUCUUCUGGCCCAAGUCUCGCUCCUUAGACUACAUGUACAGUGCUGGGGAGAUGUUGCUACAGAAUUUCCCUGUCCAGGCCACCAUCAACUUAUAUGAGGAUUCUGACAGUGAAGAGGGUGAGAAAGACAAGGAGGACAACGAAGAUGAAGAGGUCAAUGAAAGAGGACCAGAAAAGUGUGUGAGGGUACCAGAGGCCGAACCACACCAGGCCACAGCUAAUUAUCCUAACCCACCCCUGACCUGUCCAAAUUGAAGCAGUCCCAGUUAUGCUUGGCAGGUUUCCAAAGGCAUUGAUUAGCACAGAGUCUCCAGGCAUGGUUUUUCUGGACUCAAACCAGUGUCCUCAGGCUGUCUAGCUCACCCUGGUUUUUCUGAUCAGCCUGACAGUCUAGACCUCUGAUAUGCUCUUGUCUGGGCUGUUCUUGUGCCAACAGUAGGAGGUUCCUAAAACCUGUUGUGAAGACCAGAUUUGUGAAGCCCUCAGGAAGUAGAGCAAGGCCGGGGAUGCCUUUGUAUAAGAGAGCAGUCACUACCCAAGGACCUUUGAUUUCCCAGUUUUCAAAGACACCAACACCAGAUCCAAGAAAAAAGGAAAGGGAAGGGAAGGGAAGGGAAAGGAAGGAGACAUCUUGAGAAUUUGUUUCUCUGGGGACCUUCGUCCUACUUUGCCUACUAUUCAUUCAGACUGGGUGUUAGCCUUAGAUUCAUUGGGAAAAAAAUAAA